AUGCCCCCAAUCCCCAUCCACAAAAACGACCCCAUCCAACCGGUGGCGGCAAAACCCGACGGCGUGACCCCGCAAACCGCAAACCCACCCCCAACACGCACAACACCGGCCUCGAUUCCCGCAACCACAACUGCGGACGCCAACGCCAACCCGCCUCCUCCCCAGCCAGGCGCUCGCCCAAUCCCUCCAACUGCCUCGACGGCGGCGCCAACAUCCUCUUCCUUCUCACCACCUGCCCCGCAACCAGGCUACACAGCAACCCUUUCAACCACCGAAACACGUCUCGGCGGACUACCACCACAAUUCACCAUCCCGCCACCCUCAGACUCUCAACUGGCCGGCCGCUCUACCACAGCCGCGAGGCAGGCCUCAAAGCCUGGCCCCACAACCCUCAACAUGGCGCCCGCAGCUUCGCCUGGAGAGGACGAAAGGAGCCUUGAACACCCACCGGGCUAUGUGCAGAAUUCUGACAAUCGCCUAUAUGCAGCGGAAGGAAGUGCGACAGACGGUCAGCAGGAGAGUGACGGCGGUGUGGGCAGUGCAGCCUGGAAUGUGUUGAACAAAGCCGGGGCGGCGCUGAAGAAAGGAGAGGAGGCAGCUUGGAGGGCUGUUAGGAAUAAGGGUUAG